AUGCUAUCUUCAGUACAAAACCCUCGUUUCCUCCUCAUCCAGUGCCGGCGGUCUAAGCCUUUCCACAACCGCUACCACCAAUAUCCCAAAUCCAUUCACGCCACUUCUCAGGUUCAGUCCGUUUCUACUUCAUUGCCCACCUCCCAAAUCCAAAAAAUCCAAAAAUCCAUUCUUUCCCGUGAGAAAACAGCUCGCCAAUUCGCCGAAGAAUUUCUCAACCGUCUCCGCCUUACAGAGCCUCAUGUCAAGAGCUUCCUUCACGUCUCACAAACUGUUUUAAACGAGGCAGAUGAGAUUGAUCGGAAGAUUGAUCGAAACGAGGAUGUGGGACCCCUCGCUGGAGUCUUGGUUGCUGUCAAGGACAACAUUUGUACCGCCGACAUGCCUUCUACUGCUGGGUCCAAGAUAUUGGAAAAUUAUCGGCCCCCAUUCGAUGCGACGGCUGUUAGGAAGUUGAAGGAAGGUGGCGCCAUUAUAGUUGGGAAAACUAAUUUGGAUGAGUUUGGAAUGGGGAGUACCACCGAAGGAUCAGCUUACCAGGUUACUGCAAAUCCUUGGAACCUUGAAUGUGUACCAGGGGGGUCAUCAGGAGGCUCAGCAGCAGCUGUUUCUGCUAGGCAGUGUGUAGUAUCGUUGGGAAGUGAUACUGGUGGAAGUGUUAGGCAACCUGCAUCAUUUUGUGGUGUUGUAGGACUAAAGCCAACAUAUGGCCGUGUCUCACGAUAUGGUCUGGUGGCAUAUGCAUCGUCACUGGAUGUUAUUGGAUGUUUUGGCUCAUCGGUAGCUGAUGCUGGAAUUCUCCUUCAAGCAAUUUGCGGUCACGAUAAACUUGAUGCCACUAGUAGCAAGCGGGAAGUUAAUGACUUCACUUCUCAGUUCGUUGCCAAAGAUAUUUUUGAAUCGCAACCUCUAAAAGGACUACGGGUUGGUGUAAUUAGUGAAACACUUGGGGACGGAGUUGAUCAGGAAGUAGUUUCGUCAAUCCGUGGUGCUAUUUCUCAUCUGGAAGAAUUAGGAUGUAUUGUGACAGAGGUUUCAUUGCCAUCCUUCUCCCUUGGAUUACCAGCAUACUACGUCCUUGCUUCAUCUGAAUCUUCUUCAAAUUUGUCUCGCUAUGAUGGUGUCAGGUACGGUAACCAAAUUGUUUCGGAUGAGCUGAGUUCCCUUUAUGGGGGUUCCCGAGCUAAUGGCUUUGGUCCAGAGGUAAAAAGGAGGAUUUUGAUGGGGACAUAUGCCCUUUCAGCAGGUUAUUAUGAUGCUUAUUACAAGCGAGCUCAGCAGGUGAGGACUGUAGUCCAGAAAAGCUUUAAGGCGGCACUAGAUGAACAUGAUAUUCUAAUUUCACCUGCAGCUCCAUCUGCAGCAUACAAAAUUGGUGAAAAGAAAAAUGAUCCACUGGCAAUGUAUGCUGGGGAUAUCAUGACUGUAAAUGUCAACUUGGCUGGAUUGCCAGCGCUGGUUUUGCCAUGCGGAUUUGUUAAAAACGGCACUGCUAGCCUUCCUGUUGGCUUUCAAAUGAUUGGCGCUGCAUUUGAUGAGGAAAAAUUGCUUAGAGUGGGGCAUAUUUUUGAGCAAACUCUUGAAGGUUGCUCAUUUAUCCCUCCUCUGAUAGCAGAUGAAUUCAAAUGCUAGCAACAGUGGAUGAUCUUUGAAGAUUUUUGGUGAAUUAUGAGUCAUUGUCUUCUCUCAUGGUAUGUGGAAUUGUAGCAUAGGGAGAGGGUUUCAUGAGCUAAUAGUUGUAAUAUUCUUGUAGUUGAUGGAGGUGCUCAAAUAUGCCCCACAAAGUUGAUGGCUAUUUUGCAUUUCCCUCUGAACUUAAAUCAUUUUUUUUGCUCAGUUAACCAUCUAUUCGUUCUAAAAUGGAGAAUAUUUGUUAUUAGAGUAAACUACAAUUUCCGUCCCUUUGAUUUG